GAGCUCCUAAAAAAAUAUGCAAGACAAGUUUUUAGUUCUCUCUAUCUCUUCUCUAAGCAUAGCUUUGGUUUGCAUAUCAAAAUGAUAAGCUUAGGGAAGCUGGGGCAAUUGCCCCUACUUGCAGCUGCUUUGGCAAUUUGCUUAGCAGCCAGCACUGUUUUUGCUGAUUACUCCUAUGGUUAUACUUCUCCCACACCUUACAGCUCUAACAAGUACUACAAAUCACCAUCUCCAUCUAAGUAUCAUGUGCCUACUCCUUACUACAAGAAACCUGUUGAAUAUUCUCCAUCACACAAAUACUACAAAGCACCUGUACCUUCCAAGCACAAUUACUACAAGUCUCCAUCGCCAAUAAAAUAUUACAAAUCGCCUACUCCUUCAGAGCAUUACAACAAGUCGCCAAUUGCAAAGAAGUAUUAUAAGUCACAUACUCCUUCGAAGCAUUACUACAAGUACCCAGUUCCAUCAAAGCAUUACUACAAGUCGCCAUCGCCAGUAAAGUACUACUACAAGUCACCAUCACCGAUUAAGCACUACUACAAGUCUCCAACUCCUUCAAAGUACUACAAGUCACCAAGUCCUUCAAAGUACUACUAUAAGUCGCCAACUCUAGUAAAGUACUACAAGUCACCAACUCCUUCAAAGCAUUACUACAAGUCACCAGCACCUGUAAAGAACUAUUACAAGUCUCCAACUCCCGCAAAGCACUACUACAAGUCCCCAACUCCUAAAUAUUACAGCACACCGUCACCAACGAAAUAUUACAAGUCACCAGUUUACUACAAAUCUCCACCACCACCAGCUUAUUAUGAAAAAUCACCUUCAUACUACAAAUCACCCCCACCUCUACCACCAAAAUAUUACGAGGAAUCACCAAUUAAUUACAAGUCUCCACCUCCACCCUACUAUGAAUCUCCACCACCUCCACCAAAGACCUAUGAACAACCACCAUCAUACUACUCACCUCCACCACCUACGAAGUACGAGCCAUCAACCACCUAUGCUUCACCUCCACCCCCAUCACCAUCUCCUACACCAACCUACAACUAAUAUUCAAAUCCUUCACUUCAAUAUUUUUCCGCCAUUUCUCUGACUUUUUGACUCAUCUUCACCCUCCUAUUCUGAGCAUUUCUAUUUUCUCUGUCAAAAUUUGUUUGUGCGCUUUCCAAAAUGAUGGAGGUUGCUUGUUGUUUGUUCUUUUGUUAUAAUAAUUUGUAACAUGUAUUUAUUCGAGAUCUCAAUCAAUUUAUCUCAUGAAUCAAAAGAUUCUUUUUGGUAUAUUCAUCUGAGAAUUGUAUUAAUGCUUUACUACCAUCUUCUUC